UUUUUUAUCCACCUAAGUUGGUUUGUGAGGUUAUAAUCGAUAUACUUUGGUCUAUUCAGACAAAACUAAUUUUUCCACUUAAUUGGAAUUCUUUCUCUUUUUGUCUUCAGGAUUUCAUUCCUGAGCUUCUAUCAUCUUUCCUGGCUGAUUUCCCUCUAAAGCAUUUUAUUCAAUGGGAAAUGUAUCUCUGAUAUGCUUAAGACUGAUUCUGUGUCAUUUAUUUAUUGAUCCUAUUUACAAUCAAUUGAUUUGGUCCUGUAACUGCUUAAGUCAUAGCUUUUUGUCUCUGAACUCAAUUCAGGAUUCAGCUGAUCUAUAAUGGGUUGUUUAGAAAUCCAGCUCUCCUAAUAAUCACUGAACCACCCUUGCCUCAAGGAAUUCAAUUGGAGGAUGUCUAUGAAGGCAAGCAAGUUGGGCCUAAUAUUGUUAUACCACUAAACUAUCUUUCAGGGAUGUCAAGGUUGCUGUCCAAAAGUCUGGGCUAUUAUCUUGCACCUAUAUUCAAACAAGAAGACUUCUUAGACUCACAAGAGAAGAAAUGGGGUUAUUGCUAGCCCUCAUUACCAAAUGUCCAACCAGUCAUGUCCUCUAUCCAUCAGCUCUAUUAACAAUCCUGUUUGUUGCUCUGUCUCAUGAGUUCACCUACCUUGUUCUGUACUUUUACUUCCUAAAACCUAAAAAAGGGGUUUGACUGUCUUUUUGUUCCAGAUCUUUGACAUAAUUAGAGGUAAGCAAUUGACCUAUCUAUUUGUAAAUUACACAAAUCAAAUGCCCCUGCUAAUAAAUGCUUUCUUGUUUGGAGAAAUACCUCAGUUUGCCCUUUUGUUAAAUUUCACUCUUGACACCUUUUAUUUAAACAACUUCAAAUGUGCUUUCCCAAAAUCUAGAGUAUGGGUUUUUUCCCCCCUUUUUGUAGUUUUAUUCUAAAGUAAAAUAUUUUAUAAUACAAAUGAAUAAAUCCUCCUAUCUUAUUGUUUAAUGUUAAAAUAUAUUUUCAAAUAGUUUCAAGUUUCAAAAUUUCAAAAAAGAUUCUGAUACUUUACAUGAAUAUAUUUUACAAGAUCAAAAUGAUAGAUCAAGGUGAGUCUUGUAGUCUAUAAUUUUCAUUUCUGUGAUAGUCAUGCACUAUGACUAGAAUGUCAGAAGUGCUCAUACAUUUUCAGUCAUUUUCCUCUUUUCCUAUUGAAAACAAAAAUCCAUAGUAACAUUGUGACAUUGUGAUUUAAGACAAAUUCCUAAAUCUGACUACCUUUCAAUUUGAAUGAAGCUAUUUCCCCCUCAAUAACAGGUUAUCAUUUGUAAUAGCUUGCAUCUUUUUGGUUUUUCAAAGUUCUUUAAGGAACAAAGACAUCAUAGACUGAUGUCUUGACUCACUUGUGACUUGGAUUUAAGUGAUGCAGAGUUGUACAAAGUCAUCAGUCCCACUUUCUCUUCCAGGUCAUUCCAGGUGAGUGGUAAGACAAAAGUCAGAUGACUAGUAAUGGCUCAAGUCCAAGUGGAUGAUUUUGGCUCGUAUGAUGUCUUACCAAGCUGUAAGUCCUCCACAGCAUCUGCUUCAGCCCUCUUUGAGACAGUUGGAAUAAACUGUUCUCAUCCACCUAUUCAACUGGGAAAAUCUUCACCUGUUUGGUGUAGUCAUCCCUCUAACUCAUGGUAGGGUUGAGGAGCUUCUUGGAACUACAGGUGAGAGCUGGGUGGAAAGAUGGACUUCAAAGGUAGAUGCCGAGCCCGGAAAAGGGUUCACUAAGACUUGGUGACAGUAGAGAUGCUAGUUCUCCAGGAAAAACCCUAACAUUUUCAAAGUAAUAUCAUCUCAGAAGGACAAGAGAAGAGAGAUCCCCACCUUUUCUGAAUUUUUCUUCUUCCCUUCUUUGAAGAUGUGGUGGAUCCUAUUUGUUCAACAUGAAUUAAACUCAGUAAAUACUUUAAGUUUGUCCAACAGCUUCUUCACUCUCUGCCCAUGCUCCAGAUGAUCCGAGUGUUACACCCCAGAAACAAGAUUUCCCUUUGGGUCCUCCUGGCCUAGGAAAAAUCUGUGACCCUACACAGGCGUCCAUGGGUCACGCCAGGAGCAGGUGAAGAGGGAGGGGGCGGGGCUUCUGGCCAGGAAGUUCGGGAGGGGAGUGGUGAGCAGGGCCGUAUUCAAGGCUAAGGAAGGGCCUGAAUCCCAGGCAUGCGCAAAAGAUGCCGCAGACUCCGGACUACGGUUCCCAGAAGGCGCUGGUCACUCUGGAAACCUUUUCCAAACCCUAAAGAUCUAGGAUGAGAGAGUAAUCCUUUUAUCACUUCUGCCACGCCCUUUCCUCACCUUUUUCGUGCUUGCUAGUAGGUACUUCAAUAUCUCGGUGCUGAACCGACCUGGGACUGGGUGAGUGGGAGCAGAAGCCAGGCCCCGGCAGAGACCGAGUGCGGGGGGUGUGGUGCGACCAGAGUAUGGGGUAGGGAGCGGGAAGGAGCAGAGAGAGAUGGGAGAGACGUCGGCGAGAUGACGAUGAAUCCUUGGAGACUGAUGGUGAUGGGACGGGAGAUAUUGCCCAGCUCUGCCUCCUGUGGCCUCUGUUCUUUCCAGGAGGUGGGAGCCCUGAGGAGGUGAUGGCCCCUGUGCUCCUGACAGCCAGACCCUGCCGGGAAUCAGUGACAUUCAAGGAUGUGGCUGUGGAAUUCACCUGGGAAGAAUGGAUAUAUUUGAACCCAUCUCAGAAAAAGUUGUACAAGGAUGUGAUGUUGGAGAACUACAGGAACUUGAUCUCUUUGGGAUUUGCACUUUCCAAACCAGAUGUGAUCUACCACUUGGAAAGAAAGGAAGCAUCUUGGAUGCCAGAGGCAGAUGUUCCAAGAAGCAGCUGUUCAGAGAGCAAAGAAUUUACAAGAGAUAAGCCUUAUGAAUGUAUUGAAUGUGGGAAUGCCUUCAGGAUUAAAAAACAGCUUAUUAUGCAUCAGAGGAGUCAUACUAGAAAGAUUUUCUAUAAAUGUAAGGAGUUUGGGAAGACUUUCUUCUGCAACACAGAGUUUAUUCAACAUCAAAGAAUUCAUACUGAAGAGAAACAUUUUGAAUGUAGUGAAUGUGGGAAGGUUUUCAGAAGGAAGUCAGAAUUUACUAUCCAUCAAAGAAUGCAUACUGAAGAGAAACCUCAUAGAUAUAGUGAAGACAUAGAAGCUUUCAAGAGUAAGACACUACUUGCUGUGCAUCAAGGAACUCAUAAAGGAGAGAAACCUUAUGAAUGCAGUGAAUGUGGGAAGACCUUCAGGAGGAAACAAGAACUUAUUGUACAUCAUAGAGUUCAUACUGGAGAGAGACCUUAUGAGUGUAGUGAAUGUAAAAAGGCCUUUAGGAGGAAGUCAGAACUUACUGUACACCAGAAAAUUCAUACUGGAGAGAAACCUUACAAAUGUAGUGAAUGUGUGGAGGCCUUCAGGAGAAAGACACUGCUUACUGUGCAUCAGAGAAUUCAUACUGGAGAGAGACCUUAUAAAUGUAGUGUUUGUGGGAAAGCCUUUAGGAUUAAAGCUGAACUCACUAUGCAUCAGAUAAUUCAUACUGGAAAGGUUCUUUAUGAAUGUAAGGAGUGUGGGAAAGCUUUCCACUACAACUCAGAUCUUAUUCGACAUCAAAGAAUUCAUACAGGAGAAAAACCUUAUGAAUGUAGUGUAUGCAGAAAGGCCUUUAGUAUGAAGACAAAUCUUAAGGUGCAUCAAAGAAUUCAUACUGCAGAAAAACCUUAUGAAUGUAGUGAAUGUGGAAAGAGUUUUAGACAAAAGACACAGCUUUAUGUACAUCAGAGAAUUCAUACUGGAAAAAUUCUUUAUAAAUGUAAGGAGUGUGGGAAGGCCUUCCUCUACAACUCAGAACUUGUGAAACAUCAAAGAAUUCAUAUUAGAGAAAAACCAUAUGAGUGUAGAGAAUGUGGGAAGCCCUUCUGUAUGAAGUCAGAUCUUAAUGUGCAUCAGAAAGUUCAUUCUAGAGAGAAACCAUAUGAAUGUAGUCAUUGUGGAAAGACCUUUGUGAUUAAGACACAAUUUAUUAUGCAUCAGAGAAUUCAUACUGGAAAGACUCUUUAUGAGUGUAAGGAAUGUGGUAAAAGUUUCCUCUACAACUCAGAACUUAUUCAACAUCAAAGACUUCAUACUGGAGAGAAACCUUAUGAAUGUAGUAUAUGUGGGAAGGCCUUCAGUAUGAAGUCGAAUCUUACUGCUCAUCAAAGAAUUCAUAAUGGAGAGAUUCUUUUUGAAUGUAAGGAUUGUGGUAAAAGUUUCCUCUACAAUUCAGAACUUAUUCGGCAUCAAAGAAUUCAUACUGGAGAGAAACCUUAUAAAUGUAGUGAAUGUGGGAAGGCCUUCAGUAUGAAGACAAAUCUUACUGUACAUCAGAGAAUUCAUACUGGAGAGAGACCUUAUGAAUGUAGUAAAUGUGGGAAGGCCUUCAGUUUGAAGAAACAUCUUCUUGUGCAUCAAAGAAUUCAUACAGGAGAGAAACCUUAUGAAUGUAGUGAAUGUGGGAAGGCUUUUAGACAGAAGACACAGCUUUAUGUACAUCAAAGAAUUCAUACUGCUGUGACCCUUAAAAAUUCCAAGAGACUGGGUUCCAGUUAAGAAAAUCAAUAUGCUGAUCAGGCUAGCAAUAACCAAAAAAUCAGCCAGUGAUCUCAGUGAUUAAAGACAAAUUCAUUCAGCAUCUUGAGUCAUUCAAUAUAAUUUGGGAAGUUCAUUAUCUAAGAUAUCUCUAAUUGGUGGAUACUGUUAUAAGGAAAUAAGUAGGAGGGGCUACUGCAAGGAGAAGAAGCAGGAAGGUUCCAGAAUUCUAGAAGAGUGACAGAGAGGCUUUCCCUUGGGGACAGUUGAAGCUGGAGGUUGGUUGGUCUUAAGCUUCUUGGGUAGACCUUGUGAGUUUGACCAGUCUCCCUCUCCUAUGGCUGUCUUUCUGAACUAACUGCUUGUUCCUGUGUUCCUGUGUAUAUCCAGUUGUUGCUGGUAGAGUGAUUUUCCAGCAGAGCAGCUCACGACAUCCAAGAGCCAAUUGUCAGUGAGAACUCUUUCCCUUUUAUCCUGUUCCUGCUUACCUUCAAACCUUACCACCUUUAAUCACCAUCUAAGGGGGGUUAAUUUGGUUAGUGAAAGGUAUUUAUUGUAGGAACUAGGACUUUAGGUAGAGAGGUGAUAGAGAGUGCAGAUACCAACUGUCAAGGUAACAACUGUAUGGGGGAGGGGGGAGAGAUAUUAUUAAAAUAGAUCAGCUUAAUUCCCUUCUCUUCCUUCCCUUAAUGUAAAUAAACCCUGUCACAUAGUUUAUUGUUAUCCUGUUAACUUUAUCCAAUGGACCUUCCCAAACCCUGAGAUCCUUCUGAUUACUAGUCCUAAUAAUAUUCCGUGGUCUACAAAUAUCCCUAUGCCACCAAGUAUCAUCUAGUUGCUUAUUUCAAUACCUAAGUUCCUCCCUGAUUUCCUUUAUCAUGAUGGAAAAUCAUGUGCCUGAUCCUAGAAUUCUAAUAUUUAGAUGAAUAAACUGGGUUAUGCCUAUUUACCCCAGUGGGGGACCCCAGAACACUGCCAUGCUGUUUCUCAGACAUAACUUUGCUUAAACUAGUUCUUGUUUACUAGGCAAAAUGGAAAUUGCAAUAUCAAUCACAAUCAUCCCAAUUUUAUUUAUUUUUAAAGAACCUUUACCUUUCAUCUUAGAAUCAGUACUGUGUAUUGGUUCUAAGGUAGAAGAAUGGUAAGGGCUAGGCAAUGGGAAUUAAGUGAUUUACCCAGACUCACACAGCUAGAAAUAGGCUAAAUUUUAACCUAGGACCUUCUGUCUCUAUUCACUCUCAUCCGGCUCUCAGUUCACUGGGCUGCCUAGCUGCUCCCUGUCAUCCCAGUUUUAGAAGCUGAUCUGGGUUAGGAAAUGUGAGAGCAUUCCUUAGAUUGUUAGGACAAAGGAAUGAGGAAAGAGGUUUAAAAUCAUACGGAGCCCCAUUUGGAAAAUUAUUUGAAGCAUUAACUUAGAAAUAAAAAUAAUAUAGUAUUAGAAAUAAGUCUUUGCACGUUAAGAGAUUUCUUAUGGGUGUAAGGAAUAUGGGAAGGCCUUCCCCUACAAACCAGAACUUAUCAAACAUCAAAGAAUUCACCAUAUAGAGAAACAUUGUGGAUGUAAUCAGUGAGAAGACCUUCAGGAGGAAAGCAUUCCAUAUUUCACAUGGAAAAAUUAAUAUUGGAGAAAUUUAUGAAUGUAGUGAGUGUGAGAAGGCCUUCAAAAAAAGAUAUGACUUCCUGUGUAUAAAAUAAUUCACAAUAGGGAGAAACCUCAUGAAUGUAGGGAAUAUGGAAAGGCCUUCAGGAGGAAGUCACAUUUACUGUGCAUCAGAAAAUUUAUACUGAAGAUAUUCUUUAUGAAUAUAAGCAAUGUGCAAAGGCUUUCUGCUACAACUUGGCAUUUAUUGUACAUCAAAGAACUCAUACUGGAGAAAAACUUCAUAAAUGCAAUGUGCAUUUAUGUGCAGAGUUUCAGGAGUAUGAUACUUCUUGGGUGUGUGAGAAUUCAUACUAGAAAGAAUAUGAAUGAAAGACGCGUGGGAAGGUUUUCCAUUGCAACUGAGAUCAUAUUAAACAGAGAGAAACCUUAUAAAUAAAGUGGAUGCAUGGAGUUCUUCAGGCAAAAGAUGUUAUUUACUGUGCAUUUCUUCUCUUUUGAUCAAUGAAGGAGAGAGGUGGUGGAGGAAGAAGAAAAAGUAAUUACUAAUUUCCUAGCCCUUACUACUCUUACCUUAGAAUUGAUAUUUAGUGUUCAUUCUAAGAUAGACAAGAGCUUUUUGUUUUUUAACAGUAUAUGUGUGUGUGCAUAUAUAUGUAUAUAUUUACAAAAAUUAGAUUUUUGUGAAAUUGUGGAGUGUAACCAAAACAGUACUUACUAUAACAUUUAUAUCUCUAAAUACUUAAAUGAAUUUUAAAAAGGAAAAACAAGUUGGGCAUGCAACUAAAAAAUGGAACAAAUUUGAACUCCCCAAUUAAAUACUAAAAUAGAAUUCAUGAAAUCAAAGGUGUGGAUAAUAAUAUUGAAAAUACAAAGAACUAUUGAAUAAAUAAAACUAGAAGGUAGUAUUAGUACUAUAAAAAAAUAAGCUGAUGAAUAAUUUCUUUAACAGUAUCAAAAAUGAAAAGAAUGAAUGUAACAACCAGUGAAGAUGAAAUUAAGCAAUUAUUAGGUAUUUACUAUGUGCUAAUAAAGCUGAAAGCAUAAAUGAAAUGGAUAUUUACAAAAAAAUAUAAAUUGCUCAGAUUAGCAAAAAAAGGAAUUAGAAUGCCUAAAUAAUCAUUUCUUAGAAAAAUAAAUUGAAUAAGCCAUAAACAAGUUCCUUAAGGAAAAAAAUCCAGGAUCAGAUGGAAAAAAUAACUAAAAAUAAAGCUAAAUAUUUAAUUAAAAAUUACAAUACUGAGGGUCUAGAGCAUAUCCAAGCCUCCAGAAAUGGAAUGUGUGUAGAGUACCAUUAUAUACAGAAUAAAUAUUAAGAGGAUAAACACAAAUAAAUAGGAAAAACAAAUUCAGAGGAAUAAUAAUGAGUCAAAUGGAGGAAAAGCUUUGGGCUUUUAUACUUCCUUCCCAUCCCCAUGCUAACACAGACCAUACUCUCCUGCACAAGGAGUUAGGGAGAGUUAAGUUGGUAGGAAAGAAGAAUAAAUAGAGCAUUAGCAUCCAGAAUCCUUCCAGUGGUCAGAGGAGGUAAAGAAAGCCCUCCCAAGUACCCAUCAUAAAAUAUGCAUAGAUUGACACUUCAGAGAAUAAGCAGCCAGGGAAUGUGUAGUCCUUUAUCAGUAAGGAGACUAAUGAAAAAAAAAUAAGAGUUUCUAAGAUAGGAGAGUCCAAAGGAUAAUGGGAGUUGUAAAUAGUAAGGGGUAGAGGGAGUAGGAAAUUUAGAGCUAGUUGGAGAACUGAUAGCUGAUAGAAAUGCUAUUGUCCAAAUGAAUAUAAUUGUGAACCAUUUCAAAACCAAAUUUUGUUAGGAUCUUCCACAAGGACUAGGUUUGAUUAAUAAAUCUGCAUAGACUUAUUGUUCUGCUCAUGAAAUUUUUCAUGGAGUUGUUGAGCAGCGAACACCUUGUUGACCUUUCCCCUGCCCUUUCUAAAAACACUGACUCUCGGCUGGGUGACCAUUUUCCAAGUGAUGGUCUUCCUGGAUCAGCCUAUUAAGCAGGACUCUGGCAAGUAACUUUCCAGCAAUGACUAAGAGAAAGAACCCUCUAUGAUUGUUACAGGACAACCCAUUUCCUUUUCCUUUAUUGAAGAGGACAGUGGAGUUAUCCUUGAUUUCUUGGGCUAUAAUCUCCUGUUAUAUAACUCCAGAAGAUUUCAGUCAAGCUUUUAUAUAAGCAGUGGACCCCCUGCUUUGUAUAUCUCUGCUGGAAUGGAAUCAACACCAUGUACUUUGCCACAUGAGAAGAGCCUAAUGGCCUUUAAAACCUCUUUAGUUGGAAGUUUGACUAGAAAUGAAUUGACUUCAACCUGAGGUAUACAAUUACUAGCUUCAGCAUUGUUUGAUGAUAAUCUAUUGAGAACACUAUGGAAGAGAAAUCCCAUUCAAAAUCACCUUAGACAAAAUAAAAUACCUAGGAAUCUACCUCCCAAGACAAACACAGGAACUAUAUGAACACAACUACAAAACACUCGCCACACAACUAAAACUAGACUUGAGCAAAUGGAAAAACAUUAACUGCUCAUGGAUAGGAAGAGCCAAUAUAAUAAAAAUGACCAUCCUACCCAAACUUAUUUAUCUAUUUAGUGCCAUACCCAUUGAACUACCAAAAUACUUCUUCACUGAUUUAGAAAAAACCAUAACAAAGUUCAUUUGGAAGAACAAAAGAUCAAGGAUAUCCAGGGAAAUAAUGAAAAAAAAAAACCACAUAUGAUGGGGGCCUUGCAGUCCUGACCUUAAACUAUAUUACAAAGCAGCAGUCAUCAAAACAAUUUGGUACUGGCUAAGAAACAGAAAGGAAGAUCAGUGGAAUAGACUGGGGGAAAGCGACCUCAGCAAGACAGUAUACGAUAAACCCAAAGAUCCCAGCUUUUGGGACAAAAAUCCACUAUUCGACAAAAUAUGCUGGGAAAAUUGGAAGACAGUGUGGGAGAGACUAGGAAUAGAUCAACACCUCACACCCUACACCAAGAUAAAUUCAAAAUGGGUGAGUGACUUAAACAUAAAGAAGGAAACCAUAAGUAAAUUGGGUAAACACAGAAUAGUAUACAUGUCAGACCUUUGGGAGGGGAAAGGCUUUAAAACCAAGCAAGACAUAGAAAGAAUCACAAAAUGUAAAAUAAAUAAUUUUGACUACAUCAAACUAAAAAGCUUUUGUACAAACAAAACCAAUGUAACUAAAAUCAGAAGGGAAACAACAAAUUGGGGAAAAAAUCUUCAUAGAAACCUCUGACAAAGGUUUAAUUACUCAAAUUUACAAAGAGCUAAAUCAAUUGUAUAAAAAAUCAAGCCAUUCUCCAAUUGAUAAAUGGGCAAGGGACAUGGAUAGGCAGUUCUCAGAUAAAGAAAUCAAAACUAUUAACAAGCACAUGAAGAAGUGUUCUAAAUCUCUUAUAAUCAGAGAGAUGCAAAUCAAAACAACUCUGAGGUAUCACCUCACACCUAGCAGAUUGGCUAACAUGACAGCAAAGGAAAGUAAUGAAUGCUGGAGGGGAUGUGGCAAAGUAGGGACAUUAAUUCAUUGCUGGUGGAGUUGUGAACUGAUCCAACCAUUCUGGAGGGCAAUUUGGAACUAUGCCCAAAGGGCGACAAAAGAAUAUCUACCCUUUGAUCCAGCCAUAGCACUUCUGGGUCUGUACCCCAAAGAGAUAAUGGACAAAAA